CCCUCUAGCCUGAUGGGAACUAGCCGCUGCCAAUUUCCAUCUCAGCUGUUUCCUGUGAACAUUGCAGUUACGUUCCUGUUGCGACGUUACUAGUCCUUUCACUGGAUGGGUUCUAGUCUCUACCCUACUCCAAAAUAAACCGUAUGGCUCCGGUUCACCGUUCCAAGAGCCGCAGCCCGGCGAAGAGGCGCUACAGCAGCAAUGAGCGGUCUCCAGAUAAAAGAUCGCGUAGAUCUAGAUCAAGGGAGCGGGGAGCUUCAAGUGGCCGCCACCGUAGCCGCUCCAGAGAGCCCUCAGUUCGGCCUUACCAUGGCAAACAGUGGGGAGAUUAUUAUGAGAAAGGAAAAGAGGAGAUCCUGAGGCAGAGACAAGAGGCUUUUAUUGCCAGACGUCUAAAAGAGCGAGAGCGGAUUGGUGAACUUGGAGCUCCAGAAGUUUGGGGUCUGUCACCUAAAGUUGCUGAACCUGAUUCUGAUGAACAUACUCCUGUAGAAGAUGAUGAAAAAAACAAAAAAUCUAGCAGUUCGCAAUCUUCUUCAUCAGAAGACAAAAGAAGUAAAAAAAAGAAAAAGAAGAAAAAGGCAUCAAAGAAGAAGCGCAGAAAGCACUCAGAAGACAGCGAGAGUGCUUCAGAAUCUGAUAGCGAAGAAGAUAGAAAGAAAUCAAAGAAAAAGAAGAAAAAGCAGAAAAGGAAGAAGUCAAAGAAAAAGAAGAGUAAGAAAAGCAGAAAAGAAAGCAGCGAUUCCAGCAGUGAAGACUCUGAUGAUGAACAAAUGCAAGAAGAGGACAGCUGGGUCGAGAGAACAAAAAUUAAUACAGAUGAUGCAGAUUUUGUGGGACCAGAACCCCCUAUUACACAUCUCUCACAAGAUGAUAAACCUUUAAACUACGGACACGCUCUGCUGCCUGGUGAAGGUGCAGCCAUGGCAGAGUAUGUGAAGGCUGGAAAACGUAUCCCAAGAAGAGGUGAAAUUGGUCUGACAAGUGAUGAAAUCGCCUCUUUUGAGAAGUCUGGUUAUGUGAUGAGCGGUAGCAGACAUCGUCGUAUGGAGGCUGUGCGUCUGCGUAAGGAAAACCAGAUCUACAGUGCGGAUGAAAAGCGAGCCCUAGCAUCUUUCAACCAAGAGGAAAGGCGCAAGAGAGAAAAUAAGAUCCUGUCUAGCUUCAGGGAGAUGGUUUACAGAAAGACAAAGGGAAAGGAAGAAAAAUAAUGCUGUCCUUUUUUUUUUGUAUGUUUUUUUGUACAGACUAUUUCCAAAAAAACUUUUUUGAAAAUGUAAAUAUUUUUUUUUUGGUGAGGUCUUUUAAACUUUUGGUCUGUCUUUUUCAUACCUUCCUAUUUCCUGCAUUGUAACCUAAAAUAUAAUUUUUUUUUUUUAAUUUUUUUUUUUUAUUUAUUUUUUUAAAUACUUAAAAUUUUGUGCAAGGUAUGUUGGCUUUAGUUCAAUGUUUUAAUAAAAUUAAAACAAAGUAAUGGUAUUCAUGUAUAUUUUAUGAUUAAAAACAUUCUGGAAAUGUUUAUCAUUUUAAGAUAUGCCACCAGACCCAACUGUAUUCUGGUUUUAUUUUUUUCAUAACCUUGUUGCCAAUCUUUAUGUAUAAAAUUUAGUGUUUUGACACGGCCUGUAUGAUUGGUUAAGUGUCUGUGUACAGAUGUCAAAGAAUGUCCCAAAUAUUUAGAAGGAUUGCCAGAUAUUUUUUUUUCAAACUUUUUUGAAAGAGAGAGGAUGUUUUUUUUCUAUUUACAAGUUUCAUUUCCUCCUCCCUUUUUUUUUUUUUUUCUCUCUUUGUUUCAUUCAUCUAGUCAAUUUUUUGUAUUUUUGUUAUUUUCUUUGUUCUUUUGCUUUCUAAUCUUUUUUUUAAAAAACUGCAAACGCUAAAUAUAUUUUUAUGAGGAAUAUAUUUUAUAGUUUUGCCACAUAACAAAUAUUAUUAUAACAAAAAAUUUAUUCAGGUUCAGAACCUUCUCCCCCCCCCUUUUUUUUUUUUUUUAAAUUUUAAAACAAAUAUCAUGUAAUGGUAUCCAACAAUAAAUGUUUAAAAUAAAA